AUGCCUGGCUGCUUGCCUUCAGUGUUUGAAAAAUGGAGUCAAUUUCUGAAGUUUCAUAGGAGGAUAAUAUUGAUCGGUGGAGCCUCUGAGAUUAUUAUAAUCACUGUAGCAGUUAUUGUUACCUAUUGUCUAACAAAACAACCAGCCUGCGAAAUAUAUACCGGCACAAGCUCCCCUGCGUUUCAAACUAGUACUGUAUCAAGUUUCACAGAAUCCUUGUCUAACUCAGACACUUCCCCAGCUUCUACUACAACUGAACCACUGCCAACUUCCAGCACGCCUGGUAAGAUACCACCAAACAACAUAACCUGCGCCGUCGGCUUUACUUAUAUCAAUCACAAGUGUUGGCGAUUAUUCACAGACUUGCAAACACGAGAAAAUGCUGAUGGUGCAUGCAUGCGGUAUGGAGGUUCAACGCUUUUCUCGAUUAGGAAUGAACAGGAAAAUAAUGCGAUGCUGGGUUUCAUGUUAAACGCCGGUGUUGAUAAUCUUUGGACGGGGUUGAUUUGCGUCGGCAAAACUACUUUUUCGUGCACUUGGGAUAUGGAAAGUGGGACUACGUCGGUCUAUAAUAGUUUUGCUAGCGAAUCCCCUGAUAACACUUAUGGAAACUGUGUUUACUUCAUUAUUACUGGAACACAAGCUGGACAAUGGAAAAGUGGUCUAUGCAACAUGACGAUGAGUUUCGUGUGUGAACUUCCUCCAACUGUUCAUGACAAGAAUUGCAUCAACAACUACAACAAUCACUGUUACCUUCGCUACGAUGAUUCCGACACUGUCGUUGAAGCCCAGCGGUUCUGCAACACAAAAUGCGCCAACCUAGUUUCAAUCCACUCUGCCAAUGAAAAUCGUUUCAUUCAAACCAUUUACUAUGUGGACGGAUAUAUUGCACUAGGUGCGGUGGCUCCCAUCAUCGACUACAUUGUUUGGAUGGAUGGAUCACCACAGCUUUAUAAUAAUAUUCAAGACAAUUCGAAUGGAACUUGUGUGUUUAUGAGAAUUUUGUGGGGUGGUGCCGGUUAUUGGUACACUAUUGAUUGUGUUAAGCGGUCAUGGUUUUUGUGUAAACGACCCGCGGGGAUUGUAUGUUAGACUGUGGGGAUUUUAGGGAUGAAGUUAUUGAUGUGAAUAAA